UUGGGCCUGAGAAGGACAGAAAGCAGAACAGGUCUCUCUGUGUAGAGAGCAGAACUGGUACUCAAACCAUGCUGCAAUCCAGGGCAUUGGUGAUAGCUCUGAUUCUGCUCCUUAGCACCACUCUCCCCGAAGUGCAGUCAAAGUCCAUCUUUGAGAAAGACCGUCAUGAGUUGCUGGCCAUCCCUGAGACUAUUGCAUCUUACUUCUAUGAAGCUGUGAACAAGGUGUCCCCUAAAGUCAGCCAGUUCUUGUUGGAUACUAUCCAGAGUCCAACAGUUAUUGCGGCCAGACAGAGAAUCGCCAAAGAAGCAACUAAAAUCAGUAUAAUGUUUGAACAGAUGAUUGAAAAAAUAAAGACCGUGUGGUACACAAGAGUCCUAGGCUAUUAGCCAAAUGAGGACAAGUCAGCGUUUCCUGAUGUGAGUGUGUAACACCCUGCAGUGUCCUUUCCCCCUGCCCCUCCUACAGACCAAGAUCAGUCAAUAAGACAGAAUCGAUGCUCCUCUUAAUGCCACUAGAGGGAAACCACCUUUAAAGACCAAAAGAUAGAAGGCAUCUGCUGAAGGCAUCUGCUGAAGCCUCCCCGGAAAAAAAUCAAGCGGCUGGGCAUGGGGAAGGCAAUAUAGAGAUCAUAGAGUUCUUCUGUAGCCAAAUCUUGACAAUUAAUUCCUCCUGAAUGGCUUGGUCAUAGCCCCUCUAAUAAAAAAAAAAAAAAAAACUAA